AUGGCUGGUACAAGUUCGUCCCACAUCGUGGAUCCGGGAGCGGUCUCCACGAAGUCGCUAGACACGCUUCAGAGCGACGCACAGCGGAAGCUCCUGGAUGUCGUCGACAAGUUCAGGCGCGAUGGCCUAGGGGAAAUCUUAAAGUUGCCCCAAAUCGUCGUUUGCGGAAAUCAGAGCUCAGGAAAAAGUUCGGUGCUAGAAGCGAUCACGGAGAUUCCGUUUCCGCGCAAAGAGAAUCUGUGCACGCGGUUUGCUACCGAGAUAGUGCUCCGUCGCGAUGCCACGUCUUCGAUAUCGACAACGAUCAACCCCGACAAAAAUCGACCAGAUGUCGAGAAAGAGAUCCUAAAGAAGUUUGGCAAAGUAAUUCAUGACUUUUCUGAACUGCCUGAUCUUAUGGAUGAGGCGACAAAGAUGAUGGGCCUUGGAGAGAUUGGUGGUCCAGACUCUCGCGCGUUUUCUAGGGACGUUUUGAGAGUCGAGAUUUGCGGACCUGAUAGGCCACAACUCACCUUGAUUGAUUUGCCUGGACUCAUACAAUCGACGAACAAGUCUCAAACCAAGGAAGACGUUGUACUUAUUCGAAAUAUGGUCCGAGAAUACAUUUCUAAUGAGCUCACUAUCAUUCUUGCCGUUGUUUCGGCAAAGGAUGAUUUCGCAAACCAGGGCAUCUUGGAACGAUGUCGCGAGGUUGAUAGCAACGGCAGUCGAACCCUUGGCAUCAUCACGAAACCUGACUUCAUCCGUGUAGGCUCGGAUAACGAGAAGAAUUGGUUUGAGCUUGCUCAGAAUCGGGAUAUCUAUUUCGAACUCGGCUGGCACAUACUGAGGAACCGUGAUGAUGGAGAGUUGGACACCUCGUUCGAGCAGCGCAAUGCUUCUGAAGAAGCAUUCUUUGCUGAAGGCAAAUACCAAGAGCUGCCUCGGAGCAUGGUUGGAAUCAGUUCGUUGAAGACGCGAUUGAGCCAACUUCUCCACAAUCACCUGAAGAAAGAGCUCCCAGGCUUGAAGAAAGAGCUGGACGACAAAUUAAAGGAUGUGACAGAGGAUUUGGAUCGUUUGGGGAAAAAACGGGAUACUCUCCCAGAGCAGCGACUAUUCUUGACGAAUAUCAGUACUGCGGCUUACGAUCUGCUCAGAUCGGCUGUCACGGGAAACUAUGCCGACCAGUUCUUCAGUGCUAAUAUGAAUGCCGCCAUCGACGCCCCCGAGAACAUACGUCGCCUCCGAGCUGUCAUACAGCAUCUCAACAUUCAAUUCGCGGCUAAGAUGCGUAAGGUUGGCAGCAAAUAUCGCAUUGGAUCUCCUCGAAAUGGGGGUUCACAUAGCAUGGAUGUUGAGAUCGACAGCGAAGACGAAGAGGGUGGAAAUAAGACAAAUACAGUAUCUGAGGAUGAGGCAGACGAUACAGACACAGACUCGAUACACGACGAUACUUCUGGCAGCAUUAGCGCCCCACUCCAGAAGAACCUAAGUCGACAAGCUGCGGUUUCCUGGGUUCUUCAAGUCUUGCAACGUUCUCGAGGCUCCGAGUUACCCGGUAACUUCAACCCAAUGCUCAUCAGUCAGCUCUUCUGGGAGCAAUCUGAACGUUGGGAGAUGCUGGCUAUGAAGCACAUCGAGCGUGUCGCUAGUGUUUGCGACGAGUUUGUUCGUAAUGUGUUGCAGCACGCCGCCACCCCCGAGAUUGUGGCGCGACUUCUCGAACUGCGAGUUGAGGCAGCGCUAGCGUCUUCCUUGAAAGCAAGUAAAGAGGAGCUUCAGAAGAUAAUCAUUGACAAGGCUAGCCACCCAAUGACGUACAAUCACUACUACACUACGACUAUCCAGAAAAUGCGCCAAGAAAAGUAUAGCAGGAAAUUGAUGCAAAUGACAAAUGAUGCCAAGGUGUCUGUGGACAGGAAGACCUGGGAAGCUGGGCCGGGCUAUUCGAGAGUGACGUACAUUGAUCCGAACAUACUGCGAAACAAUAUCGACAGAUCUAUCGAGCUGGAUAUGGAUAAAUUCUCAGCAGAGGAAGCGCUUGAUAGCCAGAUUGCUUACUACAAGGACGAACUCAAAUACUUCAUUGCCGCCAUCACCAAGCAGGUCAUCGAGCGCCACCUGGUUUCCACUCUUCCACUUAAUAUUCUCUCUCCGUCCGUUGUAGUCGAGCUUUCAGAUGAGGACAUCAGCUAUAUUGCUGCGGAGCCUGCAGAAAUCACCCACCGACGGGCCUACCUAGAAACCCGAAAAGCGACGUUGGAGAAGGGCAUCACGACGUUCCGACGUGCGAUUGGAGGGCGAUAG